CACGUUGGGAAGAAAUGGGUCUGAGUUGGGGCUCCCUAUUUGUGCGACUUCAGCGGCAACUGGGAGUACUGGUCGGAACUACUUCAGCGGUAAUUUCAUACCAUGACGCACGUCCCAAGCAUGACUUGAGGACUGGAUUUUGCAGCAUAUAUAUCCAGUACGAGUAACUGAACUACAACUCUCACGUAAAGCAGCAACUUCCAGUCCUCAGCAAAAUACAGACUAUCAAUUUUCAGCCAUGGGAAGAUACCGCGAGGGCAAGAAAAAGGGAGCUACCCGAAAACUGAAAAACCCAACUAAGUUACUAAGUCCAGCAACAGCAAAUGGAAUCGGGAAAAAUUCAAUGAGCAAUCACGCUGUGAAUCCGAUCCUUCAAGGACCAUCAAUUGCUGCUGGAGGUCAUGUGGGAUGCUUUCGUAGCCAAAAACUGCAUUCACAAAUUGAAAUCAUUGAUAUUUCUUCAAGCUGUCCGGAAAGUCAGUUCAAGAAGGUUGGGGAAGAUCAGGUAGCUACUCCCUCACAAGGUUCUAGCCCGGUUCCGGGUUUCAAAGGCCACAAUGAAAAGGAGUGUGACUACGCUAACGUUAAUGGGAUUGAGGAUAUAAAAGAUGCAUUCGAUAAUCUGGCUAAUCUGAUCAAAAGCCAAAAUCCAAAUAUUUCUUUUCAGUUGAGUCCUUCCGGUGUUCCCCUUAUGAUAACCAAUGCAGCAACUCUCAUGCUCCCAUCCAUUCAAAAGAAGGAAGACAGUGCUAUGCUUCACGAAAUGGCAAUUAUCACAAAAGGAGAGGCAUGUGAAAGAGACCAAAAUGAUACUCACAUAAAAAAGAGUUUGUUCUCUAAAUUUGAGCAAUGCGACAACAACAAUUUCUAUAUCAACUUUAAGCCUUUUCCUUGCAUUCCCAAUGGCGGGACUUCUACCGGAUUUGUUAUACCAAAAUGGGUUCCAAUUUCAUUUACUCCUCCUGCAGACAUGACUAUGGAUGAAAUUGAUGUUGCAUUACUUUCAUAUAUUUUCAUGAGGGAUGAGAAUAAUGACUAUGGGAGUGAAGUUCUUAUCAGCACAAGGUAUGGUGACGGAGAUCGAAAAACAUUGAACACCCUCAUGCCUAAGGCUUGGAUUGACCAAGAGGUUCUUAAUUUGUUGGCAUGUAAGCUUACAUAUGAGGACAUUCACUUUGCACCAUUUUCGACUAUGUGGUUCCUACCAACUAUGUUUUCACAAUAUGUGUUGGACUGGGAUUACGAACCUGAAAUUUUGAAAGGCUUCUAUCAACGUGAUUUCAUGGGAAAAGUUGACUGUUUGAGAAAGAUUUUCAUUCCCAUAAAUGAUCAAAAUGUGCACUGGUAUUUGUUGAUUGUUGCAUUUGACAAAAGAAUGUUGAUUUUGUUGGACUCUUAUCCUUCGGAAGGAAGAAGGGAACAUAGACGUCACUCCGUUACGAAACUGGCUAGUUUUCUUGACAAAAUGUUGGAUGAAAAUGAUAUACCUUCAAAUCCAAAUAUGAUAUAUCUAGCUUCACUUUGGUUGAGCCAAAAGGUCUUCCGCGUCAACAAUUUGGAUCUGAUGAUUGUGGAGUAUGGGUAGCGAAGUGGAUGAUAGAGUGCGCUUCUCGUGAAGAUUUUUAUCAAGUAUUUGUUCGUCCUGACUCAAGGCUGCGUAUUGCGAUUGAUAUGGUCACUCACCCUUUCAAUGGCUUGAGAGAGAAUGUACAAGAAAAAGCAAUUGAGUAUUGGACUAAGCUAAAGAGGCGGAGGGAUGCUACUUAUGAUGUCUAAUACUUAUCUGUCAUUACGAAGUUCAAGUUAUUUAAGGGCUUACUGGCUUUGCUUUACUUAUGUCGAACUCUAUUUCUUUUGCACCAAUUUAGUAUUGACUUUGAACAUCGUGUUGUUUUAUCGAAUUUGUGUCAUUGUGAUACAUUUUCUAUUGUUAAUGAAAGUUCACUUUCUGUUUAAA